AUUCACCAAAAAAGUUGAGUAUCUACCAACUUUAAAAAAAAAACUAACACUAAAGUCACUAAACACAUUUUGAUAGCACCAUAUCCAUCAGAAAUGACAUACAUAACCGCUACAUUGUAAUACCACCAUUUGAAAUGCCGAAAAAUCCCUGUAAAGGUUGUAACAUUUGCAAAAAAACACGACCCAAGAGCCCAUGCCAGACGCAGAAGAAGCCCAAAAGCCCGCCUUGCCCAAAACCCAGCUCGCCCUCUUGCCCAAAGGCCAGCCCGUCCCCCUGCCAAUGCCCCCCGCCGCCCCCCUGCAAAUGCCCGCCGCCGCCCCCGUGCCCGGCGCCGCCAGCGAGCCCGGCGCCGCCUAAGCCUAAAGAUAGCGGCUCGUCCUGUUGCGAUUGCGAUUGCGGCGUAUCGGGCGGGGGCGGGGGCGGUAUCAUGUGGAAAAUUUUUAAUGUCUCCAAUAUUGUGUACUUGGGAUUGACUGGUGCUUGCAUUUACGUUUACGACCAAAACCAAGAAUUCUUUAGAGAAAAUUUCAAGAAAAUACAAGACAAAAUAAACGAAUACAAAAAGAAAUAAAGCGUUGCCGGAACCGUUUCGUUUUAUUGAUUUUAUUUUUAUUGUAUCUAGAUACAAAACGUAGAAGAAUUUUUGAGUGCAUAAUUGAGAUAAAU